UAUUUAAUAUUGAUAACGCUUUUACUGUGCGAAUACAUUUCGAAUACUUGAGGAGAAUGAGAAUCUUAAAAAUUAAAGAUACUUAACACAAUUUACUUCAAAAGUCAUAUUAAUUACCACUAAUUACAUGUUUAUUGCCUAACCGAUCAACUACUGAUAGGUUGGUAUAAAACACAAUUUCAAUAUUUUAACAUUUUUCUUCUAUUUUGAAAAAUAAAUAUGAACUCAAAAGUAUUGGAAUCGGUAAAAAAAAUACUCAACUUUACAGUUAAACGUGGUGGAUUUGAUAGAGUUUUUGAUAAAGUUAAAAUAAUAUCAGCUGGUAAUGGGAAGUGUAUGGCAGAAAUGGUUGUAGAAAAAGACCACACAAAUGGAUAUGGUACACUUCAUGGAGGUUUCACUGCAUCUGCUGUUGAUUUAUUUUCAAGUUUAGCUGUAUCAACUCAUCCAAAAGUUGUUGAAGAUAUUGAUUCAAUUCCUAGAAGUGGUGUUUCAGUUGAUUUACAUAUAUCAUAUUUGGCAUCUGCAAAAAUUGGCGAAGAAAUUGUCAUAAAUGCAGAUACUAUUAAGCUAGGGAAACAUUUAGCAUACCUCGAAGUAAUUAUGUCUAAAAAAGCUGACAAUGUAAUAAUUGCAAAAGGAUCACAUACAAAAUUUGUUAAAGAAAUUUUUAUCAAGUAUUUUUUUAAAUCUAAUAUAGGUUUUUCCUUAAUUAUAAUUGACAAUUAUUAUUCUAGUAUAAUUAUUAUGAAUUACUCAAAUACAUUUGAAUCUGUGAAAAAAUUAUUUAACCAAUUGGUCAAAAGUGAUGGAUAUUACAAAAACUUUGAUAAGGUAAGAUUAGUAUCAGCUGGAAAUGGCAAGUGUGUUGCAGAAAUGGUUAUACACAAACACCAUAGUAAUAUUCAUGGAACACUUCAUGGUGGUUUUAUUGCAUCUGCUUUAGAUUUUUUUUCGAGUUUGGCACUAUUUACACAUCCUAAAAUUGCAGAUACUAUUAAUUCAAAGCCUAAAUUUUGUGUAUCAGUUGACAUCCACGUAUCAUAUAUGGCGUCUGCAAAAAUCGGAGAUGAAAUAGUUAUUGAAGCACAAACAAUAAAGUGUGGAAGAAAUAUAGCUUACCUUGAAGUAAUUUUAUCAAAAAAAUGUGUUAAUGAAGUAAUAGCAAAAGGCUCUCAUACACUAUAUAUUAUUCAAUCUAAAAUAUGAUUGAAUACUUGUAAUUUAACAAGCAUAUAAAGAUUGUUAUAAAAAAAUGUUUAUAAUAUUACCCUGUCAGUACAAGGUUGUAUGUUAAAAUGUAUGAUAUUUUAUAUAAUUAAACACAAGUAUUCCCUAUAUAAAUAUACAAGUUACUCUUGUAAAAAUCAACUUGUGCUUAAAAUCAAUUUGAAGAUGUUUGUUUUGUAAAGUCUUUUUUGAGAUAUGCUCUCUUGCACUCAUAGUGUGUUAUAGUUGUUAAAAUUUUAUUUUACUUGUAUUAAUUUUAUAAAAGAAAGUUUUUUUUACUAUUUUUAAAAAGAAAAAUUAUGUUAUAUGUAAUAUUUGAGUUAAAUAGUUUAUUAUUGUAUACAAUUGUUAUGGUAUUUUUAUCAGUGGCAGUUAUUAAUUAAGUAUUAUAUAAGUUCAGGAUGUAUGGUGAAUAAUUGAAUAGAUAAACAGUAAAUGAUUUACAUGCGGUUUAAAAAUAAAUCACUGCUAAUAUUUCAAAAUCUUUAAACGAUAAUAGUAAAAGUUGUAUGUUAACUAUUUUCAUAGAUGUUUGGCGGGGAUGAGCUAGCCCUAAAAACGUAAUUUCUUAUUUUUAAAUUGUAAUGUAAACUCUUUUCUUUGUAAUUUCGUUUUGGAAAUAAAAAAAAAAUUAUGAUGUUUUAAAAUUUUAAGAAUGCAUAAGGUCAAUUAAGAAUAAUUAGAGUU